UCACCACAAGAACAACUACAUCACAUCAACUGCCCACCCAUUCCACCGCGGCGAGGAGAUAGACUCAAGUGCUGUCUGAAUCUCCUACGUACCACGCUCAAGCUUCAUAAUCUCCGUCCAAUUGGUGCUCUGAUCGUCUUCGUACCCUUUCUACACUCCCACGCCAUCUGGACGCGUCAAGCCCAUUCGUCAUGACGCAGCUUCCCACCGCAGCUGCACCGUCUCGAUCCCAUGCUGCACAGCCGGGACACCGAACUUCCCAGCCGCUGCGAGCUAUUUCGUACAACAUCCGAUAUGCCACCCAAUCGCCGGUGUUGGGCGAGCGACCCUGGACCGUGCGAUGCCCCAAGCUGUGCACGCAACUCAACUUCCUCACCGCAGGCCACGAAAGCCCCUUUAUCUGCCUGCAAGAGUGCCUCUACUCUCAAAUAGUUGAUAUCCAAUCACGUCUGGGCUCCAACUGGUCUCACAUUGGGCGAGGUCGCGGCACGGGCGAGACGGAUGGCGAGUUCUCCCCCAUCUUCUACCCUUCGGGCAUCUGGUCCUGCAUACGAAGCGAGACACGCUGGCUGAGCAAAACCCCCUACCAGCCAUCCAAGGGCUGGGAUGCUGUGCUGAACCGCAUAGUCACCAUGGGCGAGUUUGUGCACAAGACCAGAGGCACACGGGUUGUGGUGAUGAGCACGCAUUUCGAUCACAUUGGUGUCAAAGCGCGCCAGCAUAGUGCUGAGCUCUUGAUCCAGUUUGCCAAAGAAUGGAGCCACGACAGUGACAUCAAACCUGCCGUCGUUCUGAUCGGCGGCGACUUCAACAGUACGCCCAAUGACGGCGCAUACAAGACCAUGACAGCCCCCGGGUCAGGCAUGUCCGACAUUGCAAGUCUGAUCCCCGUGGACCAGCACUACGGAAACCACCUCACGUACACCAGCUUUGGAGAGCCGACGGAAUGGCCCAAACGUAUUGAUUUCUUGUUUGUGCAGGAGCCCCGGACAGCGGUGAUUACGAGCUUUGGCGUCGUCUCCAACAGUUUCGACGACCAAAUUCGCAUAUCGGAUCAUCGCCCGGUUGUGGCGGACAUGGAUAUUGUGUCUUACUUUUGAGGAGCGCACGGCCAUGGGGGCCUAUCAGGGCGCAGAGACGAUAA